UAGAGUUCAAAUAGUGUAGAAAGGAUUACUCUUUGAGCUCUGUAGAAAGAUGGCUCUCUUCCAAACACAAACAACACCUCCUAUCCACAGCCAUGGCGUUAGCUUCAAAACCCACAGCCACUCUCCCAUGGCCAUACCAUUUCAUCCCCCACCGCCUUCCCUCCCUCUUUCUCUCUCCUCCAUUAGAACCCACCAACAAGACUCACUCUUUUCUCCCUUAACAGUGAAAAGAAAGUUGCUUUGCAGACCCCCUCGUGGUAAACAUGUUAGAGAAGAUUAUCUUGUGAAGAAGGUGUCGGCGGAGGAGGUUCAGGAACUGGUAAAAGGAGACAGAAAUGUACCCAUUAUUGUUGAUUUCUUUGCAACAUGGUGUGGACCCUGUAUAUUGAUGGCUCAAGAACUUGAAAUGCUUGCUGUGGAGUACGAGAGCAAUGUAAGAAUUGUAAAGGUUGACACGGAUGAUGAGUACGAAUUUGCACGGGACAUGCAGGUACGAGGAUUGCCGACAUUGUUAUUUAUAAGUCCAGAUUCAAGUAAAGAUGCCAUACGUACUGAAGGGCUCAUCCCAUUACAGAUGAUGCGGGAUAUCAUUGAUAACGACAUGUGAAGUAGCCCGUGGCUUAUUUCUGCAUAAAUUUGGGGAGCAUGGGUAUGGUGCUGGUACAAACUUUACCAUUACUGUUCGAGGUCUGUUGUGUUCUGAUUUACUAACUGAAAUUUUGCCGAGGAGUGAACAAUUUAGUAGCCAUAAACGUAAUGAGAUGGUACCCUAAACGUAAGGAUGCACGUCCAACACACAUCCUUGUUAUUACUGUUUUGUGAUGGUACCCUAAACGUAAUGAGAUUUUACCCCUUUUUGUUAAGCUGCAAGUUCAUGGCAGAUAAUCAAAUCAGUUGUUUGCGUGUUGUUAA